AUGGCGCAGGGUGAGCUCUCCGCCGCGCUGGAGCUGUUCGAGGAGGUCAUGUCCGCGCCAACGCCCGAGAAGGACCUCCAAACCGCCCUCUACUCGGCAGCGCGCUGCUACGCGUCGCUCGACCGCGUCGAAGACGGCGUCAGGGCCAUCCAGCAGGCCGUGUCGCUCCACGGGCUCGCCCCGGAGGCCGCCGGGAGCGACCCUGACCUCGUGCCGCUGCGUGCCAACAGCGCGUUCGUCGACCUGGUGGCCGACACGGAGCCCGCCGGGCCCGGAGACGCGCAGUCUCCUGAGACGACGCCCGGGCUGCCGGCCACGGCGCUGACGACCGGCCUGGUCUCCUCUGGGCUGUCGGCGCUGUACCUGACGUCGCGCGUGAUGGCGGCGGGCGCGUCGUCCGCCAGCCUCGCGCAGCUGCAGCAGCAGCUCGCGGUGGCGCUCGGCGCCGCGGCCGUCUUCGGGGCGCUGCUGUUCCGCGAGAAGCAGGGCCUCGGGCGCGGGAAAUCCGCGACGCUCUCCGCGCAGGAGUCCCUGGGGGGUCUUUUGGUCGCCGGCGACGGCGGGGGCGCCGCGGUGGCCGGCCUGGCGGGCCGGCGGACGGUCGUGCUCCUCGGGCCGGAGAAGGACGUCCUCGUCGCGGCCGCGGACGCGCAGGGGUACCGCGGUGCCCUCCUCGGCGCCGGCCGAGGGUGCGCUGUCCUGCCGCUCAUCACGGACGAACAAGGCGUCGUCAAGAACGCCCGCGAGGUCGCGGGCGCCGACGGAACGGUGCCGCCCGGCGAGUGGGAGCUGAGCCCGGUCGACGGCGCGGCGUGGGCGCGCUUCGCGCGCGAGGGCGUCCCGGGCGACGCCCUGCGGCACAUGAUCAUCGGCCCGGACGGCGCGGUCGAGUCCGUGGGCGACGGCGCGCCCGUCUGGGCGGCCAUGGUCCGGCGGCUCGGCACGAAGCCCGUGUUCUCGUCGGUCACGGACAGGCUCCUCUCCUCGAUGGACGGCGAGGGCGAGGAUACCGAGGGAGCGCGCAGCGGGACCGCGGGGCAGCUCCUGAGCGUCGCCGCGCUCGGGAUCAUCCUCCUGCUCGUCGGCGCGGCGGUGACGAACAAGGACGCGCUGAACGACGCGCUCGCGUACUUCACGAGCGUCGUCGACGACUGGGGGUACCUCGGCAUGGCCGCCUACGUCGCGGUGUACGCGGUGCUCGAGAUUCUGGCCGUGCCGGCGAUUCCGCUGACGAUGACGGCCGGCGCGCUCUUCGGGACGAUCCCGGGGACGAUCGUGUCGAGCUUGGGCGCGACGAUCGCCGCGACGGGCGCGUUCCUCAUCGCGCGAUACCUGGCGCGCGACCGCGUGCUGGCGUUCGCGCAGAAGAACGCGAAGUUCCGCGCGAUCGACCGCGCGAUCGGGAAGGACUCGUUCAAGAUCGUCGCGCUCCUGCGGCUCUCGCCGCUGCUGCCGUUCUCUCUCGGCAACUACCUGUACGGUCUGACGUCGGUGCAGCUGGCCCCCUACGUGGCCGCGUCGUGGCUCGGGAUGCUGCCCGGGACGUACGCGUACGUCGUGGCGGGGAAGUUCGGCCGGGACGCGCUCGCGGGCGGCGCCGAGGGCGCCGGGCUCGAGUGGUGGAAGCUGGCGCUGGGUGCGGCGGUGACGCUCGGGACCGUGGUGUACAUCGGGAAUCUGGCGAACGAGGCGAUGAAGGAGGAGGGGCUGGCGGACGGGGAGGCGGGGGAGGACGCCGACUGA